GCGAAUCGCACGUGGUUACCAGUGGUGUUACUCUCCGCAUGCCGCCCGCCGCCCAACCUCUUCCACUGCUCGCGACUCGUGACGCGGGAGGGUGACACGUGGCUGUACAACCUGACGGCCAAUGACAUGCUGACACGUGUACAGCCCCUGGGAUCAUGCGCCAUGGCUCAGCCAAUCAACAGCAAUGUCUCAGGGCUUCUUGAACAACGUUUUCACCUGGUGGCACCGCUUACCAGAGUCCAUAAACACUCUCAAACCCGUCUGGACCUCUGA